CAGACACAAGCCUCCUUGAGAUUGGUUCAGACACAGUCAGGCUGAGCGCUCCCAGAAGCCCUUGGGGCAGACCGGUUGCUGUCAUAUGGGAGAAAGGCUGCACACACACAGGAGCGAAGUCUGAUUGGGGACAAUGGCCUGGUGGAAAGUCAGCGCUGCUGGGAAAGAUGUCAAUCCUGACCUGGCCAGUGAGAGGUUGUCCCCCUCCUUCAAUGUGGAGACCCUCACUAACCUCCUGGAUGGAGGGGCAGAGGAGACCCAACGCAGGAGAUCAGUGGUGAUCACCAUUCAGAAGGACCCAGUGUUCAGCCUUGAGAACCUGUACUUCAAGACCCAAUCAGAGAGAUAUGAAGGAGCUGUCCAGAAUAUUUUCCAUCUGAAGAAGAAAGCGAAGACGUUGGGAUGGGAAGACAAUGGACGCGAGAUGGAAUAUGCCCUCAGGACCCUCAGCGGAGAGUACUCGCUUAACAUCCAUGGCGUCUUUAUACGAUCUCUCACUGCGCUGGGUACAGAAGAGCAAAUAGCCAAAUGGCUGCCACUUGCCAACAACUACCAAAUUUUAGGAACCUACGCUCAGACUGAGCUGGGGCAUGGCACUUAUCUUCGAGGUUUAGAAACAACUUCCACCUUUGAUCGCACAACCCAGGAAUUUAUUAUUGACACUCCAACUAUUACAGCAACAAAAUGGUGGCCAGGAGAGUUAGGAAAGACCAGCACUCACGCUCUUGUCCUCGCCCAAUUACGUAGUAAUGGAAAGAACUAUGGCAUGCAUCCUUUCAUUGUUCCCAUCCGAAGUCUGAAGGAUCACUCUCCACUGCCAGGAAUAACCGUUGGUGACAUUGGUCCCAAGAUGGCCUUUCAACAGGUUGACAAUGGAUACCUCAUGAUGAGAAACAUUCGUAUUCCAAAGGAAAACAUGCUAAGCAGAUUCUCUGAGGUUCUGCCCGAUGGCUCCUAUGUGAAACGUGGGUCAGAAAAGAUCAAUUAUUUCACCAUGAUUGCGGUACGGGUUGCAAUGAUCGGUGGUGAGGUUGUGGAAUCCCUGAUGAAAGCAUGUACUAUCUCGUUGAGGUACUCCGCAGUCAGACGUCAAUCAGAGAUGAAACCCGGAGCCCAAGAAGCUAAAAUCCUUGAUUACCAAACCCAGCAACAAAAGCUGUUGCCUCUCCUGGCAACUUGUUAUUCCAUUCAUUUUAUGGCCAAACAGAUGACUGCAUUUUACAACGAGGCCUUCAAAGAGAUUAGGGUGGAGAAUUUUAACUCUUUAGCAGAGCUCCACGCUAUCGCUUCCGGCCUAAAAGCUUUUGCUACAGAGAUUUGCUCCAAUGGUGUGGAGGUGUGCCGCAAAGCCUGCGGGGGUCACGGUUACUCUCUGUUCAGCGGAAUACCAACAAUUUACACCAGGGUUGUAGCUUCAUGUACUUAUGAAGGGGAAAACACCGUCCUACACCUACAAGCUGCAAGGUUUCUGAUUAAGUGUUUUGGUGCUGCCCAAUCAGGAAAGCCAUUACCACGCACUACGUCUUAUCUGUCUACACCGCUCUCCAGUGGAUGCCAAGCAAACACACACUUGGACUUCUUAAAUCCGGAUGUGUAUGUAAAGGCCUAUGAAAGCAGGGCAUACAGGCUUAUCGCAGCUGCAGCAGGUAAACUGCACCAUUUAGUACAGUCUGGAACUGAGCAAUAUGUGGCAUGGAACAGCACCUCCGUAGAGCUUGUGAAGGCCUCAAUAGGCCACAUACACUACUUAAUUGUGAAGACUUUCGCCUCUGCUCUGAGCUCCCUGUCCACUCAACCUGAAAUAAAAACUGUUCUCCAGCGCCUCUGUGAUCUGUACGCUUUGCAUGGAAUAUUCACAAGUGCCGGUGACUUUCUGCAACAUGGCUACUUGUCAGGGAAACAGCUGGACCUGGCCACUACAGCCUACCUUGGCCUCCUAGCAGACCUCAGGAAAGACGCCGUUUUGUUGGUUGACGCUUUCGACUUCACAGAUCAACAACUAAUAUCGGCUCUUGGGACCUAUGAUGGAAAUGUGUAUCACAAUCUGCUUGACUGGGCUCAGAGAAAUCCUGACAACAAAAAGGUGAGCCCAGUGUUUGAGAAAUACCUGAAGCCGUAUUUACAAAGCAACCAAUCCAAAUUAUGAACACCGACUUCUGGAGGACCCGGAUCCAAAGACCUGGCCAUUCAUCUAGUAGACCGUGCCUUAUUUUACAUACAGGUCGGCCACUCCCUGGAAACCACAAGUGCCUGAAAGUGAACCUAAAGAAAUUUCUGAAGAAAAAAAUCUAAUGUUAAUGCUUGUGUAGUACCUGCCAUGACUUGGUAAGGACUUGAUAAAUUAGAAUAAAAAAAUAAAGAUAAUUUUCUAUUUUGCUACAA